AUGUUCGCUUCAGAAAAUCCUCCUCUUCUACAAACAGAAAUUCCAGAUAAUUGUUUGAAUGCUGUCAUUGCAUCAGACCAUUCGAAAUUGGAACAUCCUCAGAAUCAAGAGCACGACGAUAGAUUUCACGAUAAAUAUGGGCGAAACAAUAAAGAAUACCACAGACUACAGCACGACGCAGGAAACUCACCUCGAAGACCGAAUUUGAUGUCGCAGUCUUCCGCGGCGCCAAACGAAAUCCCUCGGCCGCAUCGAAAACGAAAGAUGCUAGUUUGGAAAAAAGGCGGUCCCAUAACUGAGAAAACAGAGUCUGAGGCGAUGCCUGAAAGACAACAGCCGAACGUUGUUGAUAAAAAUGAGGCACAAAUCGAUCUGCGGUACCGAUUUUGCUUCGUUGGAGACAGCGGAUGUGGCAAAACUGAACUCUGUCAACGACUUCUGACGCAAAUGCCCCCAAAAUAUGCGGGAAAAACAAUUGCUACUCAAUUUGCCGAGAAACGUUAUUCAAGUGCAAAUGGAAGUCCCGUGAAACUGAUGGCUUGGGACACUCCGGGUGGUUCUUUGAAGGACAACGCCAGCGCCAAUCAUUGUUCCCGAAUGGCAGUCAUCGUCUUUUGCUUCGAUCCCUCUUGGGCUGAAGAAGUGGACGAGCGUUGCCCUGGAGCUAUUAGAUUAUUGGUCGCUGUGAAAAAUGAUCUCGUUGAAAACGGUUCCAUAUAUCGUUCUACGCCCACCGAAGAAGCGGAAGAAUUCGCAGAGGAGAACGGUAACGACGCUGCGGCUCUUUCAGCAAUAGCCCAACGCUGUUUGUGUUUAGAUUUUCGAUAUUUUGAAGUGGAUGCAACAAACCAGGAAAGCGCUCCGUGGGCGGGUGAAAUUGUUUGGGAGGGUGAUUUUUCAAAAAUGAAGAAGGCAGCACCACUUGGUGGCAAGGCAGAAAAAGUGUCGCCAUCGGGAUGCUUAUGCUUUAAGAGUAGUAAUUGA